AUGUUAAGUACAUUGACGCAUUACCUUGUUGCUAAGGCUGGCGAAGCGACGAUUUAUAUGGCGACAUACACCACUGCCGAGCCUAGCAUUGGCGAACUGCGAUUCAUCGCGCGUCUCAAGAGUAGUGCUCUGCCGCUUGAGUACCCAUUCGGCGUGGUAUCGACCACCGUUGGUUCGACGUCGACUGUUGAGGGGUCAGACGUCUUCGUGGUCGCUGGUCAGACGAGGAGUAAAUUCUACUCAAGUGAGCGCUUCAUCGACGACACUACGAAUUGCGUCUACCGAGACGGUGCCGACGCAGUCCACGCAUGCUUCCUCAUGAACUCAUAUUCUUACGAAGGCUCCUCUGGUGGUCCCUUCCACCGCGAUAUUAACACUAAUAACGGAGGAGAAUACACGUCAUUGACCUUCUACAUGAACAGUGGCCAUGUUCAAACAGAGAAGUUCCGCCAGGGUCUGCACGGCCCCUACGCUCUAGCGUUCAGUCGCUCUGGUGUGCCAGCAGGUGGCUCCAAUAUGGACACAACCUUCUUCAAGGACCUUGGCAUAACGGGCUACGUGGCGCCAUACGCCAGGGGAACAGUCACCGGCACGGCGACAGGUGUAGGCUCCAGUUUCCAACGGGUAUUGCAUUGGUACAACGAUGCAGCCCAGUACUGGGCGUACGCCGAUAGUAGUGGCAAGUUCACCUCGCCAGCAAUGAAGCCCGGAAACUACGCGCAGGUCUUAUAUCAAGGUGAAUUCAAGGUCAAGGCAGCUAGCGUCACAGUCUCGGCUGGAAAAGCGACUACCGCCAACAUUGCCGCCGACACCGAAACCAAGACCUCCAUUUGGCGCAUUGGCGAGUGGGAUGGUCAGCCAAAGGGCUUCCGAAACGCAGACAAGCAACUGCGCAUGCACCCCACAGACUCGCGCAUGGCAUCCUGGGGGCCCUUGACGUAUACAGUUGGUUCCAGCACUCUUGACAGUGUUCCCAUGGCCAUAGUCAAGGACACCAAUCCCCUUACGAUCAAGUUCUCGAGCACCUCGACUGCAGCAGCGACCCUUCGCAUCGGUACUACGCUCUCUUUCGCCGGCUGCCGUCCCUCGGUGACAGUCAACAGCUUUAAUGCUGCCGUCCCUGCGGCACCAACGAAGAUCGAUUCGCGUGGCUUGACUCGCGGCGCCUACCGAGGGUUUGGUGAAGUCUACAAUUAUGCCAUACCAGCUGGCACGUUGGUCAGCGGGAGCAAUACCAUCAAGAUCAACUGUGCGAGUGGGAGUUCGGGAGAAGGAUUCCUGGCCCCGAACGUGAUUUUGGAUGCGAUAGAGUUGUUCAAGUAG